AUGUCUUUGCUCAUAUAUAUACUUACCUCAUAUGUCAGCCCGGUAAACGCAUAUCCUGUGGCUAGUGCAAGCUCGAGCAAUGUCAAUAUCACAGCCUUACGGGCAGAUGUUGCUCCUGGCUGGGUUUCAGAACCUGAUGGUAGAGGUACUUGGAGCUUGCUAUAUAGCUGUGUCGGGACUUUAGUCGCAUGCGUAUAUACAGCAAUUCACUUAAAUAUUCCACCUACUCGCGAAAAAGCGUAUUUUGGUUGGGUAAGAAAAGCAAAGUGGGUUAUGAUUGCACUUUUAGCUCCAGAAAUCGUCGCAUACACUGCUUUUGAACAAUAUUAUCUUGGCCGCAAGUUUCUUAAGAAGUUGGUUUCUCAAGAAGAAGAGAAGGUUGGUUACCCUUCUAUCUAUGAAAAGUAUAGCACUGAUACCACACAGACAAGCAAUGCUACUGCGAAACCCAAUUUGGACAUGGUAUAUGCUCAUUACACGAUGAUGGGCGGAUUUGCUGCAGAUGUUAGCCAUCUUCACAACGUUCUCAAAACUGUAACCUUCACCACCGACGGUAUCCUCUUCCUAUCUAGUGUCGGCUUGACGCCACAUGUCGAUAAACAAGAGAUUGAAGACAAGAGUAAAUCAGACCUACUUGGAAAGAUGCUGGCAUUUCUACAAGGCAUCUGGAGCAUUGGUCAAGCAAUUGAGCGAAAGUGUUCGGGCUAUCCUACCACUAUGCUCGAAGUGCAUACUAUCGUCCAUGUUGUAUGCGCCCUAGCUUUAUAUAUACUCUGGGCUACGAAACCACUCAGUGUUGGGGUACCUACCGUUGUGAAGUUCAACGAAGCGGAUGAGAAAUAUCUAGCCUUUAUGCUGCAACUAGGAGCCGAGAAAGGACCUCGCUCAGUUGAACUUCACCCAAGAAAGAAAUGGUACGACAUAGCGCCAUCAAAUCAUUAUGGAUUUACAACCCAUGAUAGUACAAAGCCAGCUGACUACGUAUAUGGUGAACCUGAGAUGGGAAUUUAUCAAAGUAAUCAGCAAAUAUCAGCAAAUCCUGUUUCUAGCGACGCUGCUGCCAUCGGGAUCAUCUCUCCUGCUUCCAAAUCGGACUAUCAAUCUUCCGAUCAAUGGCAGGAAGUCGGUGAUAUUGUCACUCAUUUUAGGCAAUCAGAAGAGGAGAUCAAGAGCCUCCCCGAAUCAUGUAGGGCUCGCCAAACGCGCAUUGAAUACAAGCCGGCUACAGAUUUACCAAUAGUUUGUACCAUGGUCACAGGCCAGUCAUUGAAGUCUGGCUUUGGUCCCGGCCUAAACCAUGAUUCGGGUAAAAUGCGCCACAACACAAAACGUGAUAGUAGGUCUAUUAAAGUAUCCUUCACAUACAAUGAUGUAAGGAGGCUCAACUUGGCUGCAAAAUACAUUAAGGAAUCCUCGCAAUCAUCAAAGCUUAAAGGGACGCCGUGCAAAAGCAAUAAAAUUUCUUUCAAUGAGAAGAUUGAAGCUUCGUUAAAGCCAACAUUUAAGUUUGCAAAAGGCAUGAAGACACCUCUUGCAUUGAAGGCUCCAAAUAUGAGUGGUACAAUAUUCAAAAGCGCGCAAAACGAAGCUACAUAUCUCUCUGCGGCCAUGGCUAUAAUUCCGGCGCUAUACGGGUCCGUUCAUCUUGGCGCCCUCACUAUGUUGUUCCCAAGUAGGAUCGAGCGAUUUCUCUGGAAAUUAUCAUGUUAUUACCUGAUUGCUGCCGCCGGGCUAUUCGGUGCCUGGUCUCUCUUGAAGUAUAUGGACAAACAGAUUGCACGCUUUUUCAAGAUGAGAAGUACCCCACUUGAUAAAUGGGAAGUUUUUCGAGGUGAAUAUGGCUAUAAGUUUGAAGGUAAAAUUCAAAAAACUGUCCUCGGACUGUUGUCGUCCUUCCAUUACAUCAAACUGUUGGUUCUUGGACUUGGAGGAGCAGCAUAUGUUGCUGCUCGUAUGUAUAUCGUUAUAGAAUCUUUCAUUUCAUUGCGCCAUGUACCAGUUGGAGUGUAUCGAACUCCUGCACUGAAUCUUAUGGGGAAUCUUCCUCAUGUUUAG